CCGGCGAGCUUGGCCCCUCCGGCCGGGCGGCCGACGUUUCGCGUGCGUGCGGGCGCCUGACUUCACUUCCGGCUAACGCGCUCCGCUUGCCCCCUGGCCCCGGAUGGUGACUGGUGGUGGUGCUGCACCUCCCGGGACUGUCACUGAGCCGCUUCCCAGUGUGAUUGUGCAGAGCGCAGGCCGGAAGAUGGCGGCUGCGGCUGCGGCGGCCUCGGGCCCGGGCUGCUCCUCGGUGGCGGCGGCGGCGGGGGCGGGAGCGGGAGCGGCCGGGGUCUCAGAGUGGCUGGUGCUGCGGGACGGCUGCAUGCGCUGCGACGCCGACGGGCUGCACAGCCUCUCCUACCACCCGGCGCUCAACGCCAUCCUGGCCGUCACCAGCCGCGGGACCAUCAAAGUCAUCGACGGCACCUCGGGGGCCACCCUGCAGGCCUCGGCGCUCAGCGCUAAACCAGGAGGACAGGUGAAAUGUCAAUAUAUUUCUGCUGUGGAUAAAGUUGUGUUUGUGGAUGAUUAUGCAGUAGGCUGUAGGAAAGACCUCAAUGGAAUCUUGUUGUUAGACACUGCUCUGCAGACUCCAGUUGCAAAGCAGGAUGAUGUGGUUCAGCUUGAAUUACCAGUUACGGAGGCACAGCAGCUCUUAUCAGCAUGUUUAGAAAAGGUAGAUAUUUCUAGUACGGAGGGUUACGAUUUGUUCAUCACACAGCUCAAAGAUGGUUUAAAAAAUACAUCUCAUGAGACUGCAGCAAACCACAAAGUUGCUAAGUGGGCCACAGUUACAUUUCAUCUUCCUCAUCAUGUAUUGAAGUCCAUUGCCAGUGCCAUUGUAAAUGAACUCAAGAAAAUAAAUCAAAAUGUUGCUGCCUUACCUGUGGCGUCCUCAGUGAUGGACAGAUUGUCUUACCUCUUACCUAGUGCACGUCCAGAACUUGGAGUGGGGCCAGGCCGUUCUGUAGACAGUGUGUUUACUUGUAGAUCAUUGAUGUAUAGUGAAGCUAAUAGACGGGAGACAUUUACCUCAUGGCCUCAUGUAGGCUACAGGUGGGCACAGCCAGAUCCCAUGGCUCAAGCUGGAUUUUAUCAUCAGCCUGCCUCGUCUGGAGAUGAUAGAGCCAUGUGUUUUACUUGUAGUGUGUGCCUCGUUUGUUGGGAACCUACAGAUGAACCUUGGUCUGAACAUGAGAGACAUUCCCCAAACUGCCCCUUUGUGAAGGGUGAACACACGCAGAAUGUGCCAUUGUCGGUCACUCUUGCAACAAGUCCUGCGCAGUUUCCUUGUACAGAUGGAACUGACAGAAUAUCUUGCUUUGGGUCAGGGAGCUGCCCUCAGUUUUUAGCUGCUGCAACUAAACGAGGAAAGAUUUGCAUAUGGGAUGUUUCCAAGCUUAUGAAGGUGCACUUAAAGUUUGAAAUUAAUGCCUAUGAUCCAGCAAUUGUACAGCAACUUAUUCUAUCAGGAGAACCAAGCUCAGGAGUUGAUUCAAGGAGACCAACUUUGGCGUGGCUGGAGGAUUCCUCUAGUUGCUCAGACAUACCCAAAUUGGAAGGAGAUAGUGAUGAUUUACUGGAGGAUUCAGACAGUGAAGAGCAUUCCAGAUCAGAUUCUGUGACAGGGCAUACAUCACAAAAGGAAGCCAUGGAAAUAAGCCUGGAUGUAACAGCACUCAGCAUUCUCCAACAACCAGAAAAACUUCAGUGGGAGAUUGUUGCAAAUGUGCUUGAAGAUACUGUUAAGGAUCUUGAAGAACUUGGGGCAAAUCCUUGCUUAACAAACUCUAAGAAUGAGAAGACAAAAGAAAAGCACCAGGAACAACACAACAUUCCCUUUCCGUGUUUGUUGGCAGGAGGUUUAUUAACAUACAAAUCUCCUGCUACUUCCCCUAUUAGUAGUAAUUCUCACAGGUCACUGGAUGGUUUAAGCAGAACUCAGGGUGAAAGUAUAUCAGAGCAAGGGUCAACUGACAAUGAAUCCUGCACUAAUUCAGAACUCAAUUCUCCUCUGGUAAGGAGGACUUUGCCUGUUUUACUUCUUUAUAGCAUCAAGGAAUCUGAUGAGAAAGCAGGAAAAAUCUUUUCACAGAUGAACAAUAUUAUGAGUAAAAGUUUGCAUGAUGAUGGCUUUACUGUUCCCCAGAUCAUUGAGAUGGAACUGGACAGUCAGGAGCAGCUGUUGUUGCAGGACCCCCCUGUGACUUACAUUCAGCAGUUUGCAGAUGCAGCAGCUGGCCUUGCGUCUCCAGAUUCUGAGAAGUGGAACUCUGUGUUUCCUAAGCCGGGGACUCUGGUUCAGUGCUUGCGGCUGCCAAAGUUUGCAGAGGAGGAGAAUCUUUGUGUAGACUCAAUAACUCCCUGUGCUGAUGGAAUCCAUUUGUUGGUAGGGCUGCGGACAUGCCCUGUUGAAUCCUUGAGUGCAAUAAAUCAAGUAGAGGCCUUGAAUAAUUUAAAUAAAUUAAACUCUGCACUAUGUAGUAGACGGAAAGGUGAGCUGGAAUCAAAUCUCGCUGUAGUGAAUGGUGCGAACCUUAGUGUCAUCCAACAUGAAUCACCAGCAGAUGUACAGACUCCUUUGAUCAUUCAGCCUGAGCAGAGGAAUGUUAGUGGUGGAUACUUAGUGCUUUAUAAAAUGAAUUAUGCCACUCGGAUAGUGACUUUAGAAGAAGAGCCCAUAAAAAUCCAACAUAUCAAAGAUCCCCAGGACACAAUUACCUCGCUCAUUUUGCUUCCACCAGAUAUAUUGGAUAAUCGAGAGGAUGACUAUGAGGAACCUGCUGAAGAAAUGCAGUUAACCUCAAAGAAUGGCAUUGAGAGAGAAAGAAAGUCUGACAUUUCCACUCUUGGACACCUGGUAAUAACCACUCAGGGAGGAUAUGUAAAAAUACUAGAUCUUUCAAACUUUGAAAUUUUGGCCAAAGUGGAACCUCCUAAAAAGGAGGGCACUGAGGAACAGGACACAUUUGUUUCUGUCAUUUACUGCUCCGGCACAGAUAGGUUGUGUGCAUGCACCAAAGGUGGUGAGCUUCAUUUUCUCCAAAUUGGAGGCACCUGUGAUGAUAUUGAUGAAGCUGAUAUUCUAGUGGAUGGAUCUCUUUCCAAAGGAAUAGAACCAUCUUCAGAAGGUUCUAAACCUUUGUCAAAUCCUUCAAGUCCUGGCAUUUCAGGAGUUGAUUUGUUGGUGGACCAGCCUUUCACUCUUGAAAUCUUGACGUCUCUAGUGGAGCUAACCCGCUUUGAGACUCUGACUCCACGGUUUUCAGCUACUGUUCCUCCAUGCUGGGUUGAAGUUCAGCAAGAACAGCAGCAAAGGAGGCAUCCUCAGCAUUUGCAUCAGCAACACCAUGGAGAUGCUGCUCAGCAUACUAGAACUUGGAAACUGCAGACUGACGGUAACAGCUGGGAUGAACAUGUAUUUGAAUUGGUUCUACCUAAAGCUUGUAUGGUUGGACAUGUGGACUUCAAAUUUGUUUUGAACUCAAACAUCACUAAUAUUCCACAGAUACAAGUGACAUUGCUGAAAAACAAAGCUCCAGGCUUAGGGAAAGUUAAUGAAACAGCAGUAGAUAGGCAGAUCACCUUUCCUUUGUCUCCAGCUCUUAACAUUGAAGUGGAACAAAAUGGGAAACCGUCCCUGGUUGAUUUGAAUGAAGAAAUGCAGCACAUGGAUGUAGAGGAAUCACAGUGUCUUAGGUUAUGUCCAUUUUUAGAGGAUCACAAAGAAGAUAUUCUGUGUGGGCCAGUGUGGCUUGCUAGUGGCCUUGAUCUAUCAGGGCAUGCCGGGAUGUUGACGUUAACAAGUCCCAAACUUGUUAAAGGUAUGGCAGGAGGAAAAUAUCGCUCAUUUUUAAUCCAUGUCAAGGCAGUGAAUGAAAGAGGAACAGAUGACAUUUGUAAUGGUGGUGUACGUCCUGUUGUGAGACUUCCAUCCCUGAAACACCAGAGUACUAAGGGUUACUCACUGGCUUCCCUCUUGGCUAAAGUUGCAGCAGGAAAGGAAAAAUCAUCGAAUGUCAAGAAUGAGAAUGCAAGUGGUACUCGUAAAUCUGAAAACCUCCGGGGCUGUGAUUUACUUCAAGAGGUCUCAGUCACCAUUAGAAGAUUCAAGAAAACUUCAAUCUCUAAAGAAAGAGUGCAACGAUGUGCCAUGUUACAGUUUUCAGAAUUUCAUGAGAAGCUUCUUAACACUCUUUGCAGAAAAGUAGAUGAUGGUCAAAUCACAGAACAUGCCCAGAGCCUUGUGUUGGAUACUCUUUGUUGGUUAGCUGGAGUACAUUCAAAUGGACCUGGAAGCUCAAAAGAAGGAAAUGAGAGCUUACUUUCAAAAACACGAAAAUGUCUUUCAGAUAUUGUACGUGUUUGCUUCUUUGAGGCAGGACGAAGUAUUGCUCAUAAGUGUGCCCGAUUUCUAGCCUUGUGCAUUAGUAAUGGCAAAUGUGACCCAUGUCAGCCAGGAUUUGGAUCUGUUCUUUUGAAGGCUUUACUUGAUAACAUGGCAUUUUUGCCUGCAGCAGCAACUGGAGGUUCUGUCUAUUGGUAUUUUGUCCUGUUGAAUUAUGUUAAAGAUGAAGAUUUGGCUGGGUGCAGUACAGCUUGUGCAUCUUUGCUUACUGCUGUGUCCAGACAGUUACAGGACAGGCUAACGCCAAUGGAGGCCUUACUUCAAACAAGAUAUGGGUUAUAUAGCUCGCCAUUUGAUCCGGUCCUCUUUGAUUUGGAGAUGAGUGGCUCUUCCUGUAAAAAUGUAUACAACAGCAGCAUUGGUGUCCAGUCAGACGAAAUUGAUUUGUCAGAUGUCCUUUCAGGGAGCGGAAAGGUCAGCAGUUGCACGGCUGCUGAGGGUAGUUUCACAUCUCUCACUGGACUCCUGGAAGUUGAACCACUGCACUUUACUUGUGUGUCCACUAGUGACGGAACCCGAAUAGAAAGGGAUGAUGCAAGUACGUUUACUGUGAGUUCCUUCGGGGUUACUCCUGCAGUAGGUGGACUAUCAUCUGGGACAGUUGGGGAAGCCUCGACAGCCCUGAGUUCAGCAGCCCAGGUAGCUUUGCAGUCUCUCUCUCAUGCAAUGGCUUCAGCCGAGCAACAGCUGCAGGUGCUGCAAGAGAAACAGCAGCAGCUUUUGAAGCUUCAGCAACAGAAAGCAAAGCUGGAAGCCAAGUUACAUCAGACAACAGCUGCAGCAGCUGCAGCAGCGUCAGCAGCAUCAGCAGUAGGUCCUGUUCACAACUCUGUGCCUUCCAACCCAGUGGCUGCCCCUGGAUUCUUCAUUCAUCCAUCUGAUGUUAUUCCACCCACUCCAAAAACAACACCACUUUUUAUGACUCCACCACUCACUCCACCCAAUGAAGCAGUGUCCGUUGUGAUUAAUGCCGAACUUGCACAACUUUUCCCAGGCUCAGUCAUUGAUCCCCCAACAGUCAAUCUUGCUGCACAUAACAAAAAUUCCAACAAGUCCAGAAUGAAUCCUCUUGGUUCUGGUCUAGCCCUUGCAAUUUCUCACGCAUCACAUUUUCUUCAGCCUCCACCUCACCAGUCCAUCAUUAUAGAGCGAAUGCAUUCAGGAGCAAGGAGAUUUGUGACUUUAGAUUUUGGCAAAUCAAUACUGUUGACAGAUGUGUUGAUUCCAACUUGUGGUGACUUGGCUUCUUUGUCAAUUGACAUUUGGACAUUAGGAGAAGAGAUGGAUGGAAGGCGGUUGGUAGUGGCCACUGAUAUAAGUACUCAUUCACUAAUUCUUCAUGACUUAAUACCACCUCCUGUGUGCAGAUUCAUGAAGAUCACUGUCAUUGGACGUUACGGCAGUACCAAUGCAAGAGCCAAAAUUCCUUUAGGAUUUUACUAUGGUCAUACGUAUAUCUUGCCUUGGGAAAGUGAACUGAAAUUAAUGCAUGAUCCUCUAAGGGGAGAAGGAGAAUCUGCAAACCAGCCAGAAAUUGAUCAGCAUUUAACGAUGAUGGUUGCUCUACAGGAGGAUAUACAAUGCCGGUACAACUUGGCUUGUCAUCGUCUAGAAGCUCUUUUGCAAAGUAUUGACCUUCCUCCUCUUAACAGUGCUAAUAAUGCACAAUACUUUUUGCGAAAACCAGACAAGGCAGUGGAGGAAGACAGUAGGGUUUUUUCUGCUUAUCAAGAUUGUAUUCAGCUACAGCUUCAACUAAAUUUGGCUCAUAAUGCAGUACAGAGGCUCAAAGUGGCUCUCGGUUCAAGUCGGAAGAUGUUGAGUGAAACAUCAGAUCCAGAAGAUUUAAUUCAGAUGUCUUCCACAGAGCAGUUACGUACCAUCAUCAGAUAUCUGCUGGACACUUUGCUCAGCCUACUUCACUCCUCCAGUGGACACUCUGUUCCUGCAGUUUUGCAGAGCACGUUCCAUGCCCAGGCCUGUGAAGAGCUCUUUAAACACUUGUGCAUUAGUGGAACCCCAAAGAUACGGUUACACACUGGUCUUCUGCUUGUGCAGCUAUGUGGUGGUGAAAGAUGGUGGGGUCAGUUUCUUUCUAAUGUUCUUCAGGAAUUGUACAAUUCAGAGCAGCUUCUCAUCUUUCCACAGGAUAGAGUCUUCAUGUUACUUUCCUGCAUUGGUCAGAGAUCACUUAGUAAUAGUGGAGUAUUAGAAAGCUUACUGAAUCUUCUGGAUAAUUUAUUGUCACCUCUUCAGCCACAGUUACCCAUGCAUAGGCGGACAGAAGGAGUACUAGAUAUUCCCAUGAUCAGUUGGGUUGUUAUGCUGGUGUCCAGGUUGCUGGAUUAUGUGGCAACUGUUGAAGAUGAAGCAGCAGCUGCAAAGAAACCUUUGAAUGGUAAAGACAGGGAGAGAUUUCUGACAGGUAACCAGUGGAGUUUUAUUAACAAUAAUCUACAUACUCAGAGUUUAACAAGAUCUUCGAAAGGCAGCAGUAGCCUUGAUAGAUUAUAUUCUAGGAAAAUCAGAAAGCAGCUUGUUCAUCAUAAACAGCAACUUAACCUAUUAAAAGCAAAACAGAAGGCUUUGGUGGAGCAGAUGGAAAAAGAAAAAAUACAGAGCAACAAAGGAUCCUCAUAUAAACUCCUGGUAGAGCAAGCAAAACUGAAACAGGCUACUUCAAAGCACUUUAAGGAUUUAAUUCGUUUACGACGGACAGCAGAAUGGUCUCGUUCUAAUUUAGACACAGAAGUUACAACUACAAAAGAAAGUCCAGAGAUAGAACCUCUUCCAUUUACUCUGGCACAUGAACGUUGUAUCUCAGUUGUCCAGAAACUUGUUCUGUUUCUCCUGUCCAUGGAUUUUACAUGUCAUGCAGAUCUCUUACUAUUUGUUUGUAAGGUUCUUGCACGCAUUGCAAAUGCUACAAGGCCAACUAUUCAUCUGUGUGAGAUUGUCAAUGAACCGCAACUGGAGAGACUGCUGUUACUUCUGGUUGGGACUGACUUCAACAGAGGAGAUAUAUCAUGGGGUGGUGCUUGGGCUCAGUACUCCUUAACUUGUAUGCUGCAAGAUAUUUUAGCAGGAGAAUUGUUGGCUCCAGUAGCUGCAGAAGCCAUGGAGGAAGGAACAGUGAGUGAUGAUGUUGGUGCAACAGCUGGGGACUCUGAUGACUCUCUUCAGCAGUCUGCGGUUCAGUUGCUGGAAACUAUUGAUGAGCCUUUGACACACGAUAUAACAGGUGCACCUCCCCUCUCCUCUUUGGAAAAAGAUAAAGAAAUUGACCUGGAGUUACUUCAAGAUCUAAUGGAAGUUGAUAUUGAUCCUUUAGAUAUUGAUUUAGAAAAGGAUCCUCUUGCAGCCAAAGUUUUUAAGCCAAUAAGCAGUACGUGGUAUGAUUACUGGGGUGCUGAUUAUGGCACGUACAAUUACAACCCUUACAUUGGCGGUCUGGGAAUUCCUGUAGCAAAGCCACCAGCAAACACAGAGAAGAAUGGAUCACAGACUGUUAGUGUUUCAGUGUCUCAGGCCCUAGAUGCUCGCCUUGAAGUUGGUCUUGAACAGCAGGCAGAACUUAUGUUGAAAAUGAUGUCAACUCUGGAAGCAGAUUCCAUUUUACAGGCACUAACAAAUACAUCUCCUACAUUGUCACAGUCUCCCACUGGAACAGAUGAUUCACUUCUAGGCGGUUUUCAGGCAGUGAACCAAACCAGCCAACUUAUUAUCCAGUUAUCUUCUGUCCCGAUGUUAAAUGUUUGUUUCAACAAACUUUUUUCCAUGCUUCAAGUCCAUCAUGUUCAGUUGGAAUCACUUCUCCAGUUGUGGCUCACAUUGAGCCUGAAUUCUAGUUCAUCUGGAAAUAAGGAGAAUGGAGCUGACAUUUUUUUAUAUAAUGCUAAUCGAGUACCUAUCAUUUCAUUAAAUCAAGCGUCAAUAACUAGCUUUCUCACAGUGCUAGCUUGGUAUCCCAAUACUUUGCUUCGGACAUGGUGCCUCGUGCUUCAUAGCUUAACACUCAUGACAAACAUGCAGCUUAACUCUGGAUGCAGUAAUGCUAUUGGAACUCAGGAAAGUACUGCACAUCUGUUGGUUUCAGAUCCAAACCUUAUUCAUGUGUUAGUAAAAUUUCUUUCUGGCACCAGUCCACAUGGAACAAAUCAACACAGUCCACAGGUUGGUCCAACAGCUACACAAGCUAUGCAAGAAUUUCUUACCCGAUUACAAGUUCAUCUUUCUUCAACAUGUCCUCAAAUAUUCAGUGAAUUUUUGCUUAAAUUAGUUCACAUACUUUCAACAGAAAGGGGUGCUUUCCAGACAGGUCAAGGACCUCUUGAUGCCCAAGUGAAGCUUUUAGAAUUUACUUUGGAGCAGAAUUUUGAAGUUGUUUCAGUUAGUACUAUUUCUGCUGUGAUUGAAUCUGUCACUUUUUUAGUACACCACUAUAUCACUUGCUCGGACAAAGUAAUGUCUAGAAGUGGAUCGGAUAGCUCUGUGGGUGCUCGGGCAUGCUUUGGUGGACUCUUUGCCAAUCUUAUCCGUCCAGGUGAUGCAAAGGCAGUUUGUGGUGAAAUGACAAGAGACCAACUUAUGUUUGAUUUGUUAAAACUUGUGAACAUUUUAGUACAGUUGCCUCUUUCAGGAAAUAGGGAAUACAGUGCAAGAGUGUCUGUGACCAGCAAUACAACAGAUAGUGUAUCAGAUGAAGAAAAAGUCUCAGGAGGCAAAGAUGUCAAUGGAAGCAGUACCAGUACUCAAGGAUCUCCUGCCUAUGUUGCUGACUUAGUCUUAGCCAACCAACAAAUUAUGAGCCAGAUUUUGUCUGCUCUGGGCCUGUGUAACAGCAGUGCCAUGGCAAUGAUAAUUGGGGCAAGUGGACUACAUCUCACCAAGCAUGAGAACUUCCAUGGUGGGUUAGACGCUAUUUCAGUUGGGGACGGAUUGUUUUCCAUACUGACAACCCUUAGCAAAAAAGCUUCUACAGUCCACAUGAUGCUGCAGCCAAUUUUAACAUACAUGGCCUGUGGAUAUAUGGGCAGACAAGGCUCUCUUGCUACCUGCCAGUUAUCGGAACCAUUAUUGUGGUUCAUUUUAAGAGUGCUGGAUACUAGUGAUGCGUUAAAAGCAUUCCACGAUAUGGGUGGUGUUCAACUAAUUUGUAACAACAUGGUUACUAGUACAAGGGCCAUUGUGAACACUGCAAGAAGUAUGGUAUCAACUAUUAUGAAAUUUCUUGAUUCUGGCCCGAAUAAAGCUGUUGACAGCACUUUAAAAACAAGAAUCCUGGCUUCUGAGCCUGAUAAUGCAGAAGGAAUCCAUAACUUUGCACCUCUGGGUACAAUCACAUCCAGCAGUCCUACCGCUCAACCUGCAGAAGUGCUUUUGCAGGCUACUCCACCCCAUAGACGAGCUCGCUCUGCUGCUUGGUCCUACAUCUUUCUGCCAGAGGAAGCAUGGUGUGAUCUCACCAUUCACUUGCCUGCAGCAGUGCUUCUUAAAGAGAUACAUAUCCAACCUCACUUGGCAUCCCUUGCAACCUGCCCAUCCUCAGUGUCUGUUGAAGUAAGUGCAGAUGGGGUAAAUAUGCUACCCUUGUCUACGCCUGUUGUCACAAGUGGUCUCACCUACAUAAAAAUUCAGCUUGUAAAAGCUGAAGUGGCUUCUGCCGUCUGUCUUAGACUGCACCGUCCUCGAGAUGCCAGUACAUUGGGCCUUUCACAGAUCAAGUUGUUGGGCCUUACUGCCUUUGGUACCACUUCUUCAGCAACAGUUAAUAACCCCUUCCUUCCGUCUGAAGAUCAGGUAUCCAAAACAAGCAUUGGAUGGUUACGGUUAUUACAUCAUUGCCUUACUCACAUAAGUGAUCUGGAAGGAAUGAUGGCCAGUGCAGCUGCACCUACUGCUAAUCUGCUACAGACUUGUGCUGCCUUACUGAUGUCACCGUACUGUGGAAUGCAUUCACCCAACAUUGAAGUUGUGCUCGUCAAAAUUGGGCUGCAGUCCACUAGAAUUGGCUUGAAGCUUAUAGACAUUCUCUUGAGAAAUUGUGCUGCAUCAGGCAGUGAUCCUACAGAUUUGAAUAGCCCUUUACUUUUUGGAAGACUGAAUGGACUCUCUUCUGACUCUACGAUAGAUAUUCUUUACCAGCUUGGAACAACUCAGGAUCCUGGAACAAAAGACAGAAUUCAGGCCUUGUUAAAAUGGGUCAGUGAUUCUGCAAAAGUGGCUGCUAUGAAGAGAAGUGGCAGGAUGAACUACAUGUGCCCUAAUUAUUCAGCAAUAGAGUAUGGUCUUCUGAUGCCAUCUCCUUCGCAUUUACAUUGUGUAGCAGCGAUUCUGUGGCACAGUUAUGAACUGCUUGUAGAGUAUGAUUUACCAGCCUUGCUAGACAGAGAGCUCUUUGAGUUGCUUUUUAAUUGGUCCAUGUCUCUUCCCUGCAACAUGGUUCUGAAGAAAGCUGUUGACAGUCUGCUUUGCUCCAUGUGUCACAUCCACCCCAGCUACUUUUCUUUGCUCAUGGGCUGGAUGGGCAUCACACCUCCUCCAGUGCAGUGUCACAACAGACUUUCCAUGACAGACGAUAGCAAAAAGCAGGAUCUCAGUUCAUCUCUAACAGAUGACUCUAAAAAUGCUCAAGCACCAUUGACGCUAACUGAAUCGCAUUUGGCGACCCUUGCUUCCUCUUCUCAGUCUCCAGAAGCUAUCAAACAGCUACUAGACUCAGGUUUGCCUUCUUUACUUGUGAGGAGUCUGGCUAGUUUCUGCUUCAGCCACAUUUCUUACUCAGAAAACAUCGCCCAGUCAAUAGAUGUUUCCCAGGACAAACUCAGGCGGCAUCACGUUCCACAGCAGUGCAGUAAGAUGCCCAUCACAGCUGACCUGGUCGCUCCUGUUCUGAGGUUUUUGACAGAAGUUGGCAAUAGCCAUAUAAUGAAAGAUUGGCUUGGAGGGUCUGAAGUCAAUCCCCUCUGGACAGCACUUCUGUUUUUAUUGUGCCACCCUGGCUCGGCUUCUGGAGCUCAUAAUUUAGGUGCGCAACAGACCAGUGUAAGAUCAACCUCCCUUUCUUCAGCUGCUACCACAGGGUUGACUACUCAACAACGGACAGCAAUCGAGAAUGCAACUGUUGCAUUCUUUCUCCAGUGCAUCUCAUGCCACCCUAAUAAUCAAAAGCUGAUGGCACAGGUUCUUUGUGAACUAUUUCAGACAGCUCCUCAGCGAGGGAACCUUCCAACAUCUGGGAACAUUUCAGGGUUUAUCCGCAGAUUGUUUUUACAGUUGAUGCUAGAAGAUGAGAAAGUGACAAUGUUUCUUCAGUCUCCCUGCCCGCUGUACAAAGGUAGAAUUAAUGCCACUAGCCAUGUCAUCCAGCAUCCAAUGUAUGGAGCAGGCCACAAGUUCCGCACUCUUCAUUUGCCAGUCUCAACAACAUUAUCAGAUGUCCUUGACAGAGUGUCAGAUACUCCGAGUAUCACAGCUAAACUAAUUAGUGAACAAAAAGAUGACAAAGAAAAGAAAAACCAUGAAGAAAAAGAAAAAGUUAAGGCGGAAAAUGGAUUUCAGGACAACUAUAGUGUUGUUGUUGCUUCUGGGCUGAAGUCUCAGUCUAAACGUGCUGUGUCUGCUACCCCACCUCGACCACCUUCCAGGCGGGGGAGGACAGUACCUGAUAAAAUAGGAACUACUUCCUCAGGAGCAGAGACUGCCAACAAAAUCAUUACUGUCCCAGUAUUUCAUCUAUUUCACAAACUCUUGGCAGGCCAGCCGUUGCCAGCUGAAAUGACACUUGCCCAGCUUUUAACUCUCCUGUAUGACCGAAAACUGCCUCAGGGUUAUCGCUCAAUAGAUCUGACUGUUAAAUUGGGAUCAAGGGUUAUCACAGACCCAAGCCUGUCAAAAACAGAUUCUUUUAAAAGACUGCACCCUGAAAAAGAUCAUGGAGAUUUACUUGGUAGCUGUCCAGAAGAUGAGGCCCUCACUCCAAGCGAUGAGUGCAUGGAUGGCAUAUUGGAUGAAUCUUUACUUGAAACCUGUCCCAUUCAGUCACCAUUACAAGUUUUUGCAGGAAUGGGUGGACUGGCUCUUAUUGCAGAAAGAUUACCCAUGCUAUAUCCAGAAGUAAUUCAGCAGGGUCGACUUGUACAGAACUUCAUGAAAAUUAGUUGGUCUAAAGAAAUGUUGGAUACCAAGGACAGCUGCCAGACUCAUCACAAUGUGAUGCUUCAUCAUAAUUUCAUGGUCAGUGCUCCAGUUGUAACAUCCACCACUCAGGAAAAGCCAAAGGAUAGUGAUCAGUUUGAAUGGGUGACUAUUGAGCAGUCUGGGGAGUUAGUGUAUGAAGCACCAGAAACCAUUGCGGCUGAGCCUCCUCCGAUCAAGUCAUCAGUCCAGACCAUGUCUCCCAUACCUGCUCACUCUCUAGCUGCUUUUGGAUUAUUCCUUCGUCUUCCAGGCUAUGCUGAAGUGCUACUGAAAGAGAGAAAACAUGCCCAGUGCCUUCUUCGAUUGGUACUAGGAGUGACAGAUGAUGGAGAAGGAAGUCACAUACUACAAUCUCCAUCAGCCAAUGUGCUUCCGACCCUUCCUUUCCAUGUCCUCCGUAGCUUGUUUAGCGCUACACCUCUAACAACUGAUGACGGUGUGCUUCUAAGACGGAUGGCCCUGGAAAUUGGGGCGCUACACCUCAUUCUUGUCUGUCUCUCUGCUUUGAGCCACCAUGCCCCACGAGUUCCAAACUCAAACCUCAAUCAAGCAGAGCCACAGGUGUCAAGCUCUCAUAACCCUGCGUCAACAGAAGAACAGCAGUUAUACUGGGCCAAAGGGACUGGUUUUGGAACAGGCUCCACAGCUUCAGGAUGGGAUGUGGAACAGGCCUUAACUAAACAGAGGCUGGAAGAGGAACAUGUUACCUGUCUUCUGCAGGUUCUUGCAAGUUACAUAAACCCUGUUAGUGGUACAGUAAAUGGAGAUGCUCAGUCCUCUCAGGAGAGCAGAGGCCAGAACAGUAGUGCCCUGCCUUCGGUACUGCUGGAGCUGCUUAGUCAGUCCUGCCUCAUCCCAGCCAUGUCAUCUUAUCUACGAAAUGACUCAGUACUGGACAUGGCAAGACAUGUGCCACUCUAUCGAGCUCUGCUGGAAUUGCUCCGUGCCAUUGCUUCUUGUACAUCCAUGGUGCCGCUCUUACUGCCUCUUUCUACAGAGAAUGGCGAAGAGGAAGAUGAACAGUCAGAGUGUCAAACUUCUGUUGGUACAUUAUUAGCCAAAAUGAAGACUUGUGUUGAUACCUACACCAACCGUUUAAGAUCUAAAAGGGAAAAUGUUAAAACAGGAGUAAAACCAGAUGCAUCUGAUCAAGAACCAGAAGGACUUACUCUUUUGGUGCCAGACAUCCAAAAGACUGCUGAGAUAGUUUCUGCUGCCACCACCAGUUUGCGACAGGCCAAUCAAGAAAAGAAACUAGGUGAACACUCCAAGAAGGUGGCUAUGAAACCCAAGCCUUUGUCAGUGUUAAAAUCUCUUGAAGAAAAAUAUGUGGCUGUUAUGAAGAAAUUACAGUUUGAUACAUUUGAAAUGGUUUCUGAAGAUGAAGAUGGGAAAUUGGGUUUUAAAGUAAAUUACCACUACAUGUCUCAGGUGAAGAAUGCCAGUGACGCGAACAGUGCUGCCAGAGCCCGUCGCCUUGCCCAGGAAGCUGUGACGCUUUCUACCUCCCUGCCUCUGUCGUCAUCCUCCAGUGUGUUUGUACGCUGUGAUGAGGAGCGGCUCGACAUCAUGAAGGUUCUGAUAACUGGCCCAGCGGAUACCCCCUAUGCAAAUGGCUGCUUUGAGUUUGAUGUAUAUUUUCCUCAAGAUUAUCCCAGCUCACCCCCUCUUGUGAAUCUAGAGACAACUGGUGGUCAUAGUGUACGAUUCAAUCCAAACCUCUAUAAUGAUGGCAAGGUUUGUUUAAGCAUCUUAAAUACUUGGCAUGGAAGGCCAGAAGAGAAGUGGAAUCCUCAGACCUCAAGCUUUUUGCAAGUGUUGGUAUCUGUGCAGUCCCUUAUAUUGGUAGCUGAGCCUUAUUUCAAUGAGCCAGGAUACGAGCGUUCUCGAGGCACUCCCAGUGGCACGCAGAGUUCUCGAGAGUACGAUGGAAACAUUCGACAGGCGACAGUUAAAUGGGCAAUGUUAGAACAAAUCAGAAACCCUUCACCAUGUUUUAAAGAGGUCAUACACAAGCAUUUUUACUUGAAAAGAGUUGAGAUCAUGGCGCAGUGUGAGGAGUGGAUUGCAGACAUCCAGCAGUACAGCAGUGAUAAACGCGUCGGCAGGACCAUGUCGCACCACGCAGCUGCUCUCAAGCGGCACACGGCACAGCUUCGGGAGGAGCUGCUGAAGCUCCCCUGCCCUGAAGGCUUGGACCCCGCCGCCGCCGAGGCUGAGGUGUGCAGGGACGCGGCCGAUGCUGAGGAGACGCUGACGCGCAGUCAGGGCCCCGCCGGCGGCAGCGGCAGCAGCAGCGAGCUCCCGGGAGACUUCCAGCUAUGAGCUGUGGCCACCUGGAUGUCACAGACACAGAGGCUUCGAAGCACAAGCCAAAUAUGUCAAUAUUUGUAUGUAAGAAACUAAUUAUGUAAUAGGUAAUGAAACUAUACUACGCCCUUAAGGAGAUCCAGUUUAAUUCAAGGUGAUCUUUUAUUUACCUGUACAAGAGUGUAAACUUUUUUGUGCUUUUAUUUUUCAAUUGUGAGAACCACUGAUUGGUAUGUUCAACAAAUUUGUGUAUACAAAGAAAUGGAUAAAUCACUGAUUAUAAGGGAAACUACCUUAGGAAAGAAUGUUUACUGAAUGUUUAUUUUAUUUUUUUUUACUGUAGAGUGAGGGGUUGUUAACAAAGAAUAUAUAUUGGUCAUUCUUACAACUACUAUUUAAAGUCAGCAACUUGUCACAGAAUUUGAUAGGUUUUAUGUUUGGCCAUAUCUUCAUGCUCCUAUUUGAUUUUUGAGGACCUCCUACAUACACUUCAAUAAAAGUUAAAUGGACCUACUCCCUCUUUUUUGAUUUACUGGUACAUUUUUUAAAUAAUAAAUCUGCCAUAAAAUACAUUGUAGCUGGAGACUUGCACUUGUAUGGAUGAAUUUAUUACAUUCAACAUAUUUAAUUUUAUGCCUUCUAAGAUGCAGAAAAAAUAAAUGAACAUGAUUUUAUUCUAUGCCAAUAUUUGGGCCUCUGAAUGUAUCCAUUAUUUGAACUUAAGUUUAUGAAAAGAAAUGGUCAAUUUGAAAAGUCACUCUCAACUGAUCUUGUUUUCCUAAAGGGCUUCUUUGUUCCUGGACUAUCUGGUUUAUGACUGAAGUCACUUGUAUGUGUGAAACGCUGAGGCUGUGGAGGAGGGAGGAGUGCCUCUGGUGCUGUUACAGUACAUUCUGUACCUGCCAUACGGGCUCAUUUUCCUGCAAAUUCUUCCUAGAGCCAAAUAAAUAAAGACUUAGGUGAAUUAGUA